AUGCAUAACAAAUCAACAGUUUUUAAUGAAAGAAAGUUAUGUCAACACCGAAACUAUGGAUACGACUCUACCGUAUGUGUGUGUAGUAAUUGGAAAUGCGAUAACGGUUUACCACCGAUACAGAGGACACCGUACGGUAAAGUUGUCGCAUACUUGACCACCAAAUCAGGCGAUCGUCUACAGGAAAGUCAUAUUGAUUUUGGUCAUACCCUGUCAAACGAGUUGUUUGCUAAGCGAACUGUACCGAAACUGACCAUAACUGUGGACAGUAGUAAAAAAUAUCAAUCAAUUAUCGGAUUCGGCGGUUCGUUUACCGAUGCCGUCGGUAUCAACAUUGACAAACUGUCGCCAAAAUUACAGUUUAGACUUAUUAGAGACUAUUAUUCAACCGAUGGUUUAGAGUAUACUAUGGGUCGCAUACCUAUUGGCGGAACUGACUUUUCCACUCAUCGCUAUACCUAUGAUGACGACCACAUCGAUGACUUUGAGCUCAAUUUCUGGAAUCUGACGGUUGAAGACACAAAAUAUAAGAUACCGUUUAUACGUAAAGCCAUGUCGAUCAGUAGUGGCCGAAAUUUGAAACUUUUGGCCGCCACGUGGUCACCGCCCGCUUGGAUGAAAAACAAUUCAAUGUUAACCGAUGGUGGGUUUCUCAUUGGUCAACCGGGAGGCAAAUAUUACAAAACAUUUGCUAAUUAUAUUGUCAAAUUUAUCAAUGCCUACAAAGCCGAGGGGGUACCCAUUUGGGCGAUUUCACCGCAAAACGAGCCGUACCUGAAAAUUAGGGUAAACUUUAAUCCGAUAAACAAUUUACAGCUCAGUCCGGAACUGGAAAGCGAUUUUAUACGCCUAGAUCUGGCACCAGCCCUACACAAAUCGGGUAACCAAGCGGUCAAUAUUAUUGCCUACGAUGACCAGUCACGCUGGCUCAGGCAGUUUGCCCAGGUAAUAUUUGACGAUCGGCAAACUAGUAGAUUGGUAGCCGGUAUGGCCUAUCAUUGGUAUACAAAUCCUUUAACCGAUUAUUCCGAUUUCGAUUGGUUACACCAGUCGUAUCCAAUGAAAUUUAUAUUGAGUACCGAGUCCUGUGUCCUCCGGUUUCUUGAGACUAAACGCGUCCAUUUGGGCGCUUGGGAUGCCUUUGAUAAGUACGCCUACAAUAUUAUUAAGGAUCUAAACUAUUGGGUUAAUGGUUGGGUUGACUGGAAUCUGGCAUUGGAUGAACAGGGUGGUCCCAAUUGGUUCAAUGGGUUUGUCGACUCACCCAUUAUUAUCAAUACUACUGGCAACGAGUACUACAAACAGCCCAUGUAUUACUGUUUGGCACAUUUUAGUAAAUUUUUACCGCCCGAUUCGGUAAGGAUUGGCCACCAAAGGACGGCGGCCGCAGUAACCGAUCAGUUGAUCGUCGAUACGCAGAUUAAGUCGACUAGUUUUAUACGUCCCGACACUGGAAUAGUUGUUAUUGUUUUGAAUACGGGCAGCGAAGCCGUAGACUUGAAAAUAGUUGAUAAACAAAAUCGUGCGGACAUUUGGUUUGAAUGGCGGGCACCGCCUAAAUCAUUACAGUCUAUAUUAGAGCUAAAUAUACAUUUUCCACAUUUUGAUGGCUCAAACAAUCCAUGGCAUAAUAAUCAAAACCGCGAGUCAUGUAUACCGCGAAACUAUGGGUACGCCUCGACAGUAUGCGUGUGCACUACCAGUCAGUGCGAUACCGGUUUACCUAACAUACAGCGUACACGUGGCCAGAAAGUCAGUGUCUAUGUGACCACUGUAGACGGUGAUCGGCUCCGGGAGACGAAAUUUAAUUUCGGUCAUACCAUAGCUAACUCAUUGGUGUUUGGAGAUCAGAGGGCAACAAAACUGACACUAACUGUUGAUAGUAGUCAAAAACAUCAGUCGAUUGUCGGGUUUGGCGGAGCGGUUACCGAUGCGACCGGUAUUACUGUAGGCGCUUUGUCUGAUGACCUGCAGACUAGACUCAUAAAAGAUUAUUAUUCAGCCGAUGGUUUGGAGUAUAUAUUUAGUCGCAUACCUAUUGGCGGAUCUGAUUUCUCCACUCACGGCUAUACCUACGAUGACGACCACAUCGAUGACUUUGACCUCAAAUUUUGGAAUCUGACGAUUGAAGACACAAAAUAUAAGAUACCGUUUCUUAAAAAAGCAAUUGCUAACAGUCCUAAUGUAUUGAAAUUUUUUGCCACCACUUGGUCACCGCCCGUAUGGAUGAAAAACAGUACAACGUUUAAUGGUGGUGGGUUCAUCAAAGAUCAACCGGGGGGCAAAUAUUACAAAACAUUUGCCAACUAUAUUGUCAAAUUCAUCGAUAGCUACAAAUCUAAUGGUGUGCCCAUUUGGGGAGUGACACCGCAAAACGAGGCCUAUUUUAAAAUAAAAAAAGGUUUCUACCCGUUCAACAAUGUCCAGUUCACCCCGGAGCUUCAACGUGAUUUUAUUAAAAAAGAUCUGGGUCCGGCACUGUUUCAAUCGGGCAAUAAGGACGUUAAGAUUAUGAUCUACGACGACCAGUCCCUGUGGAUUAAAGAGUUUGCACAGAUAGUACUAUCGGAUCCCAGAGCUAACCGUUUGGUCGAUGUUCAAUGA